AUGAAAGCAUUUGGCCUGCUGAUCGUGAUGGUUGGAUUUUCCCCCCGCGGUGACGCACAGUUUCCGCGGGUGUGCACCAACGAUGCGUCAUUGGAGAGUAAGGAGUGCUGUCCCACUCCGGUAGGCUUCACCGAGCCGUGCGGUGGGCUUGGGCGGGGCCAAUGCGCCGACACCCCCGACACCACCAAGGAAGACCCCGAUUGGAAGGAAGCGUACCAAGUGGACGACCGGCGCCACUGGCCGCACGUGUUCUUUAAUAGGACCUGCCAGUGUGAGGGCAACUUCUCCGGGCACGACUGCACAAGGUGUACCUGGGGAUACCGUGGGCCGGACUGCAAUAUCACACAGCCGCCAGCUAUGCGCAGGAACAUUCGGGACCUUAGCGAUGAAGAGAAAGAUACGCUCCAGCGCUACUUUGACCGCGCGAAGAACACUACCAGCAAUUACGUCUACGCUCUGGAGUUCAAAGAGAACAUCAGGGGAAGGGAAGACUUCGCCAACCAAUCUGUGUGGGACUUCUUCGUGGCGAUGCACUACUACGCCAGCCGCGCAACUAUGCCGCCCUUCAUUACAGGUAUCUGUAAGACGGAGGCGAACUGUUCCCUGGACUUUGCGCACAAGGGUCCCGCUUUUACCACUUGGCACCGCGCGUACCUGCUGGAGUUUGAGCGGGCUGUGCAGGUUGUCAACAACGACCCCGACUGGACCUUGCCGUACUGGGAUUGGAGCGCAGCGGAGGACAACCAGUGCGACAUCUGCACCAACGAGUACGUCGGUGCCAACGAUACGGACGGCAACCUGGACUCAGGGUCUGUCUUCGCCAGCUGGGGGAUCAUCUGCGCUAACCUAUCUUCGUUCGACGAGGAAAUCCGCAGGAACCACACCAAACCGUGUGAUGUGACCGAAGUGCUAGGAAAGCUGAAUAGAAACCCAGGGCAAGCCGACCUGGACAGAUUCGGAGAGUCAAUGAAUCACCUGCCCCUGGUGACGGAGGUGGACUUCGCCCUUCGUUUCGCUGCGUUCGACACGCGUCCUUACAACAGGAACUCCAACUGCAGCUUCCGGAACCUGCUGGAGGGAUAUGCCAACACCAGCACCGGCAAGUCCCGGGAAGACAUGUGA